AUCCACUUCUCCCACUCUUCUUCCGCUCGACCACCUGCAAUCCUCGCCAGACGCGGGCCAUUGCAGCCAUGCCGCCAGGUCCACCCGCGCAUUUGCGGCUCUCCGCAUUGCAAGCGAGUGCUUCCCUCUUUCCUCCUGUCCUUCCAGAGAUGACGCCUGAGUCUCUUGCGGCCGCUGCCAACCAGUACAAGCAGCCCGCGCCUCCCCCCACACUUCCUCUCCUCCAGCUUCCCGGGCGACAUCAGGAGCCCUUUCGCCCCGCUUCAACAGUGCAUGUUGUCGACGACAGUGGCGAUUACUCGGACACCGAUGGCAGCGUCGCUGACGAGGAAGAGGACACAAAUGCAGUCGCGGGUCCUAGCUGCCCGCUGCACCGCCGCUGGCCGGGGCGCGGCGAGCACGUGUCUACGUCUGACGAAAGCGCGCGCACCAAGAGAAUGAGCGAGCCAGAGCUUGCGCGCGUGGUUGACGACCUCGCCAUCCUCGUGCGCCGCGAGUUUGACUGCUGGGUCGAGUCGUGCUGGAACGAGGCCUUUCAUCACGUCUUCACGCACUCCAUACCGGCAUUCAUUAUCUCGCUGAUCCUCGCCGGAGCCAGUCCACAAAGCAUGCGCAGACAAAUUGUGCACGGUGGCCCGCAGCUGAACAAGCUGUUCAUGACAGAGAUGCUUCGAAAUCUCCAUUUCGAGAUGGAGCGACGCCUCACAGGCCAGCUUCUGCCAGAAGGGCGAGGCGAGGGCGGCAGUGCCAUGCAAUCCGCGGCCGCCGCGAUUGGCGCGGGAGGGCUAGGCGCGCAACAAGCGCCGGGGACAACACCGGGCUUGCCGCGCGACGGCGUUUGCACCCACGACUUGGCGCCCGCACACGGCGCACCACCAGAUGACGAUGACCACGCCGCGUGUCUCUGUCAACUAAUCGCUUGUCCGGUGUGUUUGCAUGCGGCCGUCCGGCAACGAAAGACGCCUAUGGGGUUGUUGCCGGCCCACCUUGCCAACUCGCACGUCGCGGAGGGGUGGGCGGGCGCUAUCGAAUCACUAGAGCAAGAAAGAGCGAGGCGCGUGGAUGCGGAUCCAACGUUGGAUAUCGGCAUCGACGAAGAUGACCGGCCCGCCAAAAUCUCGAUGGGCGGCAAAGGCUUCGUGCACAUUCCCAAGAAGCCCACGCCGCCCGAGUUACGCCGCCCGCAGGUCUUCCCUCACCCGCAGAUGACCGAUGUUCUUGCCGUCGAGGAGCACUUGCGAUGGCGGCUGAAAGAGCUCGGUGCCGGCGAUCCGAGCGUGAUCAGCCGCUACGGGCCGAGCACGAACGCUCCCGCCGCGCUCGAGGGGUUAGAGGUCGCUUUGAGGCUCGACGAGGAUGACGACCAGUCUGAGACGGCCAGCGUCGUCAGUGUUCCCAACAGCAAGAACGGGCGUAGAGUCGCGACGGGUCGGGUGAAGGGUCGCAACAAGACCGUGAAGUUGCCGCCCAAGGCGAACAAAAAGCCGGAGCGCAAGGUCUACCUCCCCGAGGAGUGGGCCAAGGCCGACUCGGGGGUGCGCAACACAGCCAUUGUCCUGACCUUUCGCCACUUUGUUAAGCUCCUCCACAAAGUGGCCAUCGCCAACUCGCCUUUCCAAUACGCAGGUUACGAGGCUGAUAUCGCGGCCCUCGAGGCUGUGCAUCCCGUGGCGCUGUACCGGCGCCUCACGGAGCAGACGGCGCGCCGGCGCGGCGGGCGCGAGUCCAAGGCGUGGUCCGAGUGCAUGGACCGGUGGACGGAGGAGUUGGGUGCGCAGGACAAGAGUGCGGGCAACGUCUUCGUCAAGGACGAGCAGUACGAGGACGCGGUGCGCUGCUACACGCGCGCGAUCAGCCUCGACGGGAAGAAGACGGUGUACUACACCAACCGGGCUCUUGCACUCAACAAAAUUGGGCGGUAUGCUGAGGCCGAGGCCGACUGCACGCACAUUCUUAAUAAGGACGGCAAGAACGCAAAGGCGAUAUACCAGCGUGCGGCGGCGCGUGUGGGUCUCAAGCAGUGGCGGGAGGCAGAGGCCGACCUCAAGCUUGUGCUGCGGCUAAAUCCUGCCAACGAUUCAGCCAAAAAUCUCUUCGCGAUUGUCAAGCCGGAGGUUGCAAAGCUGCCGAAGCAGAAGCACGAGGACGCGCUCAACUUCUGAGUUUUGAGUUCUAGAGAGUCUCUGUUGCCGAUGUCUCAUUUUUGUCGAGUGCAUCUCGUGGGUAUGUCACCCCUCUGUAGCCUAGAGAGCGACCGAAUCUGACCCAGGACAGUGGACUGUAGGUCGUAGCCAUAUGCACCUCGUCCAUACUUCUCAGCGGCGCGACGCGUAAAUGCAUACAUACAGACAGAUCUCGGACAUUUCCAGCCGCAUUAAUCGUAGCUCGUCCUGCCUCUCCA